AUGUCCUGGGUUAGCCCAAAAGAAGACUACGACGGUAGCACAACAGAAAGUGAGGCGGCCGUGCGAUGCCGGCAGGCGAUCACGCCGGAGAGCAUCGUGCUGCUGGUGACGGAGGAGGACCUGGACGAGCUGUGCGGGCAGGUGCGCGACAGCCUGGACGCGCUGGCGCGGGUCGCGGCCUCGUGCGCCGCGCUCGGCGACGACGACCGCGACGUCUACCAGGCGCUGCUGCGCGGCGUCGCCACGCUGCACGCGGACCUCUGCGCGCCCUCGCAGCCCGCCGGGCUGCGCGCGAGCUUCCUCCAGCACAGCGCCUGCCUCAGGAACCUGUCGCAGCAGCUGCAGGAGUGCGCCGGGCCGCGCGACUGGACGGAGUCUGAGGACGAGCGCGCCGUGUGCGCCACCUACGAGCGCAUCGCCACCUGCUACCACUCCGCCACGGCCGUCGCGUGCGGCUCCGAGGCCGCCGACCUCAUGCGCCAGCUCGUCGUCUCCGUUGCCAGCAGCGUUCUCGGUGAGUGCAAGGGCAAGCUCGCACACACCGAGUUAUCGUAA